AUGAUUACAGCAUUACUUUAUCAUUAUUUUUUGUUUAGUGUUUGUCUAUUAUUAUAGCUUAAUGGUGUAUGGAAUUGUAGUUGGUAUUAUAUUUGGAUGUUACAUCCUAUCUUCAGUUGUAUUAUUCAAAUUCCCAUGCUUGCUGCACAAACGGAAAAAUGUCAGAUUCAUAUGUCGACACAUUAGUCACAGAGGAGGAGCUGGAGAAAAUUAUGAAAAUACCAUGACAGCUUUCAAACAUGCUGUGAGCUUGGAGACAGACAUGCUGGAGUUGGACGUGCAUCUCACCAAAGACGAGCAGGUAGUUGUUGCUCAUGACCCGCAUCUGCAGCGCACCACUAAUGCCCAUGGCAUGAUAGCUGAAACCAAUUAUGCAGAGCUGCCUGGUUUAAGAGAUGUCCUUCCUAUAGACUUCAUGCCAGGCUGCUUCUUCAGCCGCCCGUCGGAGCAAGAUCGUCAGAUGCCUCUACUGGAGACAGUCUUUAAAGCCUUCCCUGAUACUCCCAUCAAUAUUGACAUCAAAGUGCCUAAUGAGCUCCUCAUUGUCAAAGUUAGUGAGUUGGUGAAGCUGUACAAACGGGAGCAUCUCACUGUCUGGGGUAACUUUAGCGAUGCCAUCACCCAACGCUGCUACAAGCAGAACCCAAACAUUUGCCUGCUGUUCAGCCUCCGGCGCGUGGUGCUGCUGGUGCUGCAGCUCUACACUGGCCUGCUGCCCUUCAUGCCUAUCAAGGAAACGCACCUUGAAAUAUUCAUGCCUCGACAUGCCUAUAAUCUAUUUAUGCAACGAGCGCCCGCCACUGAGGGCGCUGAUGCUACGAGUGUGCCCGGCAGUCCACUCCACCCUAUCAGCAAGGCUGUCAAUUUGAGGAAGAGCGAGUCGAGUAGCACCAGCCUCACCCACAGCGCCUCCCUGGCCUCCUUACCAGCAGGCACCCCACCGCUGCCAACCAAAGGGCCCUGGUAUCUACGCACCAUUGCCUCCUUCGCCCACCUCCUUCUCAUCAGGCCUGCUCUCUUUGCCCACCUUGCCAAGAGGGGAAUUCAGACGUACCUCUGGGUGCUGAACUCUGAAGACGAGUUCCACCUUGGCUUCAAGAGCGGCGCUACAGGCGUCAUGACCGACUAUCCCACCAAGCUAAGGAGUUUCCUCGCUGAUAAUCCUCAGUAUUUCCUCAACUAUCCCGACCCCAAACCCCAGGAAUCAUCCCAUGGCCUUGAACUUGAGGAAAUCAACCACGUAACUUCUUCCGUUUCUUGUGCGGCUAUUCAGUCUUCGGCAACUUCAGAGGGACGUUUCAGUAGCCGAGACAUCCUGAAAUCGGACUCAUUGGGACACUUCAGCAGUCGGGAGCAUUUGUCGUGUUCUUCACAAGAACAUUUAAGCAGCCAUGAUUUCCCUCCAGAUCAAGAAAUGGUCUUGCAUUGUCAGGCAAGCAACCGUGAGCCGCAAGGGACGAAUUCUUGUUGCCCUGAAGACUGCUUGAGAAGAUCUCAUGACUCGUUGCUGGUCUCGGACAAAUCAUCUCCCGUUUUAGUUCAAGGUGAAAAUUCGCAGCAAACGCCUGUAAGUUCAUAGGACCAGCUAAGGCUGUCCUUUGUGAUAAGUUCAAUUGUUUGUCGCAAGUCCAAGCAAGCCUUUUUGCGUCGUUACUUAAUUGUUACAACUUGUCUUAAGUAACAGAUUAAUGGAACUGAACGACUUAUCAGUCAUUUGGUGAUCUCCAUUUCAUGCCGUGUAUUUUCGUCUCAGUGUUAGAAAGUAUCAUUCGAUCAUUUUAGAAUUGAGAGCCACCAAUAUCUUCUUUUGAACAUCUUUCUAUAAAAAUGCCUUUGCUUCCCACCUAUUUUGGGCCGUAUGGAAUAAAGUUGUGGCAACGACGUGUUCGCGGACGUCGGCGUUACGUUGUUCAUUAUUGCGUUGUGUGGCAAUACUUCUCAUCAAUUUCGCUCUUAUAUGUUAGAUUUUAAAGUUUGGAGGAUUGAAGUCUUCGAAUUUUUAACGUUUGGGUAAUGUAACUAAUCUCGUAUUUUUGUGAUGAUUAUGUGACCGAAAGUCUGGUGUGCAGAAUAGAGCACUAAAUGUAGUAUUGUGAUAUGGCGACAAGUCUCCUCUAUGUGUAUAUGAUGGUGCACCAGUUGUGAAUUGGGAAUCAUUUUAAUGUCAGUGUUGAAAUCAUUUUUCUGAUCGAAGCAUUAGAAGUUAGAUCGCCGCAGAUUUUACAGGUACGGAUGUUAUUGACUAAGCUAUUUAAGAUCUUGAUUUGCCUCGUGCGGCUCGUUUCUUUCAUCGCUGAAUUAAUAAUUAGUGAACCCCAAAUUGGAAGAAAGUGAAUCAUAGUAAAACGAUUCGGUUAAUUGAUAAGAGUGAGUAAAUGCAUCCAGUUUAAUCAUGGUUCUUUACACAUAAAGGCAACAGUGCGUAUGUUUGCCUCCCAACCAAUGCCUUGAACCAUUGUGACAGCUGUCAAAUGUAAGACCAUGUAAUUACAAUUUACAUGCAAAUGUAUGUAAAUGUAAGGGUUUAAAUUGCCGGAGAAUAGCAGUGCAUCGCGUCUGAACUUCCAUCAAAUGUUUCCCAAUUCGCUGCCUUUAUUCAAUCAGCAGUCACUAAAACCAUUUAGGGUAUAGGGCCUUGAGUCAAUGUAGUAAAACCAUUCUAAGAACCGUCUUGAAAUUCUGUAAAGUGAUUUAAUAUUAGAGUAUAAUAUUUUGAAAAAAUGCGUUUAUACUAAUAUAUAAUUAGUGUUUUCCUUGGCCUCUUUGGUUCUCAUUGCGUAUAGAGAAACGAUCUGAUUUCAAAAUGUCGUUUCCUUUAGUGUUUGUGCGUCCCAUUGCUUGAAUUUUGAAUUGUGUGUGAUUGCUUGAAUUUUCUUUAGACCCUUCGCAACAUCUAUUCUGCUAAUUAAAAUAUAGUGUUUUCAUGACUGUUUUCAUGAUAUACGGCAAUCUUACAAUUGAUCAUAAUAUAAUAUUGUAGCUUCUGAUUGCUCCACUGUUAAUGUAUGUGUUGCAACUGUUCUGUGAUACUCGUGGUAUUGCCGUGUCUACGCCAAUGUUAUAUAUUUUUAUCCUUGGUUAUACGAUGUAUUUUUUUAGUUUAGUUGGCAUUUAUUUAUUUUAUGUUGGCAUCUGUUCCUUUUAGUCUGUUGGAAGAUUUCUCUCCUAAGUUGUUGUUUUUUUUGUGAAAUUCUUUAUCCUUUGCCGCCUUAAGAUUAUAAUUUAAAUCAGUCAUCGCAAGGAACCCACGAAUCUUCGUCAAAAUAAUUGUCAGUGACGUAGAUUUAAUUCUUUGCUAAAACCUCUAAUUUUAUCGCUAGUGAUUCUGCAAAGCCUCAGCUUGUCUUGUAUGUUGGAGGUCUCAUUGCAUCAAGCAACUUAGUAAUGUUUUGAGGAAUUUUUUAUCUGGGAUUCAACUUUGAAUUUUACUGACAUUGAUGAGCUCUCGUAAAAUCACAUUGCAAUAAAUUAUAUACCUACGUGUGCUCCGUUGCUGAAGAUCAGGGUGCUGGUCUUCAAAAUACUAAUUACUGAAUUCUGUCCCAUGAACUUUGGUCUUGGUUGGAACUUGACGUAUGUUUUUAACAUCGUCGUCAACGGUCGCGUGGCUAAAUGUAUUGUAGUUUUAUGCAUUGUUUCAACGAACGAAAAUAACGGCAUGAAUUUUCUGAGUCAUUGUUCCUUCGUCUUAUCGAAAAAUUAUUCAUGUUUGUUAUUAAAAAAUGCAUAAAUGAAUAAUUGAUCUGACAAUAGCUGAAGUGGGAGUGCAUAUUUUUUAUUAACGCAAACUCGGCUAAAUUAUUUAAUCAAACUGUGUUGUAUUGUGCCAAUCUUCAUGAAUUCUCACGAUCGAGCAUUGUUCUGUCACCUUUUAAAACUUGUUGGUAUGGAAUAUUGCUUAUAUUCCUUUCCUUUUAUAUCGAUACGAAUUUUUUUAUAACGAUUCGAAUCAGGUUUAUAAUCAUGCUUUUAGUUCAGAGAAGGUCUUGGCUACAGACUACUCCAUUCGUAACUGUUAUUCAUAUAUUUUACGUUACCUCAAGGAGAUAAUUAUUGUACUUAUAAAGUAGUUUAAGAUAAUACUUCUGUUGCUCAUAAGUCAACACAAGUUCUGUUCGUGAUUGAAACGAGAUCGGUUGUGAUAUAUGGAUUGAUGUUAGCUUUAAAGUUGGACUCGCUAUAACGAACUCCGUUUGUUUUAUUUGUUCAAAAAGGGCAUUUCCUGCAAUGAUGGCAAUUUGUUGACACUAUCAUUAGGUUCAAGUCACAAAAUAUCCUUGUAAAACGAACAAUUUUUAGAGCGAUUCUGACAGCAAUUCGUUUGAGUCCGUGUUACUGCCUUUGGUUGCUCUUAAUACAGGGCACGUCUCUUAAUAUCAUCACCAAUGUUUUUCGUCAAGAGAUUAUGACUAUUCAGUAAAUUUUAUUUUUUA